AACAAGUGCGCAUCGUUGCUACGCAGAGGAAGCGAGAUUUUUUCACCUGCUCGAUUUUCGUCGUCGCGCGCUCGCACAGCAACGGAAUUGUUUUGGUUUUUCCGCUCUCGAAGCGCUGGCAGCUGAGAAAAGCGUCGCGCGUGUGUCAUACGAUGGACGGCGACGACGGCAGUGAAAAACCUAUGUGCCGAUGAGGUGUGCGAGAGUCCACGCGGUGUGGAAGAGUGGGUGGAAAUAGUAUAAAAAAAUCAGUGUAAGCCACGAGUAGUGUGAGCAAAGCGACUGCACACGAGUUGUGUUUUGUUCUUGUUCUUCUUCCUGCGGCGUGUGUGUGCUCAGUGGAUUACUAGUAUCGGGCUCGUGAAAACUGGAAACUCUCAGAUACUUGCGGCUUUGGCACUGAAUCCAGUGGAAAGUAGCUGCUCGGAGUGUGCCAAUAUUUUUCAGUUAUUUACAGUUUUUGUUUGUUUUCCCAAAUUUUCUUUACUGUUUGUUGUGUUUCACGUGCUGCCAAGUGUACAUAGAGCUGCAGAACAGCCCAUUUUUUGUUGUGCUCCGAGUGGAUGAAAAACAUGAACAAGUAACACUGUGUUGUGUGAACAUAAAAGACAAUUAUUAUUGAUGUUGUAAUAAAACAUUUUCAAUUUUUCUACCAACAUUGUUUUUGUGUGUGGAAUGAAUAACUGAACUACCAAAAAAGAUUAAGAGAAAGACUAUUGUACGAUGACAGCAGAGUGCAAGUGCCUCGAGCCGAUUUAGUGAAAAGCUUACUGUUAUGAUUUUCUUUGUAAACCCAUCUGGUAAUUGUGGCAGCACUUGCAUAGAAAGUCGUGUAAUCUUGAUUGUACGACGACGAACAGGACACGCGGCAAUCAUGCUGUUCCCUUCGGGAAGAUCUUCUAGCCUCUCCCCAACGAGUAGCCGAGGUAGUUGUAGCGGUGCGUAACGGAAGGAUAGUUCAAUGUUAUCAAGAAUCUGUCGCAAUAAUGCUAGCGCGUAUGUGAACCCCUUUGGAGCCCGCCAAGUUGUUUACUUUCAUUGUGUUGUUCUGUUCUAUUGUUACAGUAAAUCAUUAGCCAAUUUUUUAAUUUGAUUUGAAGGAGCACAAAAUAGUAGAAACCCGUUCGUAUACGCACAUACGGGAAAUCUGACUAGUGAUUGGCAGUUUUUUCUGUUUGGUUUUGUAUCGGGUUCGUUGAUACGUUUAGUGCAAAGUUCCAACCGGAAAGAGUAACGUAUACCGCCAGGUGUGUUUGCGAGAGCGCGCAGGCACACACCUUCUCACAGGACGACACUAGAUAAUAUGGCUGCGUAUGCUCAAUUUGGUUACACAUAUCCGUCGGCAAGUCAGUUGUUGGUUGGUGGUGGACAGACGACAACAGCUAGUUCACAAUCACCAAUCUCGGCCACAAAUGCUCCGUCACUGAGCCCGGGAGGGUCGGCAACAGGCGCGCCGUCAGGUGCCUUAAGCCCCGGGGCUGUCUCACAAACCUCAAACAAUGCGCCACCGGCAACUUCCUGCUGUGAAAAUGGCAGGCCAAUUAUGACUGAUCCUGUAUCAGGACAAACUGUAUGCUCCUGCCAAUAUGAUUCAGCUCGGUUAGCGCUGUCCAGUUACUCCCGAAUACCAACUGGCAGUGUUGGAGUCUACGGAACACCUUAUCCCUCAACCGAGCAGAACCCGUAUCCAAGCAUCGGCGUAGAUAGUUCAGCAUUUUAUUCACCUCUUAGCAACCCAUAUGCUUUAAAAGAAAGUGGACCAACUAGUGAUAUGACGGCGUGGACAUCGGCGGGCCUGCAGCCAACGACCGGAUAUUACCCGUACGAUCCAACCCUGGCCGCCUACGGGUAUGGCGCUGGAUAUGAUUUAGCGGCCCGCAGAAAGAAUGCAACCCGUGAGUCCACGGCAACGUUGAAGGCGUGGCUCAACGAGCACAAAAAGAACCCUUACCCGACCAAGGGCGAAAAAAUUAUGCUUGCAAUCAUUACCAAGAUGACACUGACGCAGGUGUCCACCUGGUUCGCGAACGCACGCCGGCGGCUGAAAAAAGAGAACAAAAUGACGUGGGAGCCUAAGAACAAGACAGAUGACGACGAUGAUGCGAUGGUGUCGGACGACGAGAAGGAGAAGGACGAAAUGGAUCCAGACAAGAGUCGGGAUCAUAAAGAUAUACAUCAUCACGUGAAAGCCGAGCACGAUAAGGACGAUGACGAUGACGAUCUCACCGACGACGAAAGGAAGCCGGAAAACUUAAUGGGGCAUCCGAGUCAUUUGGGGCAGCACCAUCCGUACUACCACCAUACGAUGCUCGGGGGACACCACCACCAUUCAGGACUCAAAUCAGAAUUGGACCAUCCAAAAAACCAAACGAGCAGCGACUGUGGAGUGCCGAUUCCAGCCUCAAAGCCGAAAAUCUGGAGUCUAGCAGACACAGCCGCUUGCAAAACUCCACCACCACAGGCACUUCACAGCUCUUGGAUGACCGGCGGCUAUCACCCAGGGCAGCAUCAUCAGCAACAGCCUCCGCAGCACCAGCAGCAGCAUCAUCAUCUACAGCAACAGCACCUGCAGCAACAACAGCAUCAACACCAGCAGCAGCACCCGGGCAGUGGAAUGAUGAUGGGAGACGCAAGCUCCCCUAUGAAUAUGAAUAUAGCAAAUACACCUCACAACCAAGGUAUGGGGACUAUGGGCAGUGGUAUGAUGAGCAAUUUCGCGAAUACCCCAUAUUCCCGCUAUGGGGGGUUUCUAGCAGGAGCUCAACAUUACAAUACUACCCACAACAACAGCAACACCAACAACAACAGCAACAGCAACAACAACAUCAACCACAAUAUCAACAGCAAUACAACUACGGGCCCAGUGACGGUUGCUACAACACCCACUUUGCAGCAGCAUCAGCAAGCAGGGAUGCACCAGCAGCAACUGGCACAGCAGCAAUCCCAACAGUCUAUGAACAGCAACAACAGCAAUUCCCAGUCGAUGGGGUUUCCCGAGGUUCAGACCGACACUCCACCACAAACUCCACCGAAUAUGAAGCUGCCCAGCGUAGCGGGGAAUCUGCUUACAACCUCAGUAACCCCUACGACCGGUACUUGCUAUAAUGGUAGUAACACUAGUACCACCCAUAGUAGUGGUAACAAUAACAACAACAACAACAACAACCUCACUACAAACAACAACAAUCUGAAUGGAGUCAACGGUUACGCAUCAUCUCCAGAAUCAAUGGGGCAAGCAGCCAAUCAUCAAGGGCGGGCGCAAACCAAUUACUAUCAAAUGCAACCCAAUUCACCGCAGAAAUCGCAGCAAGAUUUUUCCCAGCAAAUGCUUCAUCAACAAGAUGGUUUUAAACCGUUUUACAAAAAUUCACCACAAAUCGGCAACGGGUUCGUGUCUCCGGUCUAAAAGAUAGUCGAGAACUCCUUCGUAACAAUAGUUGUAAAAUGCCGAUUGACGCCUAAUUUCUAAUUACACUUGCCAGUGUUCUUCGUUUACACGUGAAAUACUUUUCAACCGCACAAUGAUGUCUGAGGUUUUCUAAAGUCAGUCAACUAGAGAAAGCAUUCCCGUGUCGAUCGAAACCAAGAAGCUGCGUACGAACGCAACAGCAAGCGGCACCAGAGAAUGGCCAAACCAAGCGCUGCAACAGUUUUUCCAUCGCGCAACCGGUGUUUCGUUGUUUUGUUUUGCUUGACGUCGCAGCCACCAAUCGCACGCGCGAAAUCCCUUCCACAAAUGAAUACAGGCGGCACUUCAUUCAUCAGCAAGCACUAUUGCACUAACACAACAGCUGCUACUAUCUAGUAUAAUACGAAACACUAACCCGAACGAUAGGUGAUACACAAACGAGUAUCGAAUAUACGAGGCCGCGAGACAAACCAGAUUAUAGGCAAAUCAUAGUAUCGCAAACAUGAACUUAAAGCAAAACACAGGGCUUUUUUCAUCACAAAAUCUGGGCUAUGUGCAAAAACAACAUAAAUAUAUGAAUUCUACAGCAGGUUAAAAACAAAACUUAUUUUAAUAAUUCAAAACGGUUUUGCUAGUAGUCUAAUUUUCCAUUUAGGAAAAAUUAAGAGAAUUAUUUCUUUCGAAAAGCUCAUGUUCUCGUGUAGAGCUAUACGUGCAAUUUCUUUCCCCUUUUACAUUGUCCAACAACUUCAGUAAAGUGCACUGUUAUCGCAACUCCAUUAAAGAAAAGUGAUGAAAAUCAGUUCAUUAAUUUUUUCGGCCUUGUAUUAUAUAUUUCUCUUAAAAUAAAAUCGAAAAAGUGUUGAGAAACGCAUUUGUAAUCUGUGAUAACGAAAAAAAAGUAUAUAAAAUAUUGAACAUAUUUAACACUAACUUAAGGCACGCAAUUCUUUUUUUUUCUAUUCUGGUAGGGCCACACUUUCUCCGCGUUUCAUUGUUUUGGGUUGCUACCCGCGAGGGUGAUAUUACUUUUGGCAAAUUAGCUGGAAGAAAACCAUCAAUCCCUGGGGAUUUCUUUUGUGUCUUGUAUAAAUGGAUGUUAACAGAAAUGAAAGAAUGUUGACGAAUAUGAUUAAUAGAUCUAUAGCUUCUCCAGUGUACUACUAUUUCAUAGAAGAUAAUUUACGGCACCUACGGGGGAAUGUAUGGGAAACCAAAAGUCGAACGGCAGAUCCACUACUUCUGUAUUAAAAAUUCAAACGUUUGAUUGAAAAUUGAAAUAUAAAACCCGGCAAAGAAUUGUAAAUACAUUGUUUCAAAUACUUUUAUCAUCAUUACAAGAGAAACAAUAGAUACAUCCAGUAAACGUUUGAAAAACAAGCUUUCGAAGAAGUAAGAAAAUUUUGUACAUAUUGUCUUAUACAGCAUACUAUUAUUAUCACCAUCAAAACCGAUAUCAAAAGUAACAUUAUGAAUUCACAAACCAAUAACAGUGCAAAUCUGUGAAGUUUAAAAAUCAGGAUUCAAUUGCAGUUGUCUAUAGUCAAACCUCUCGAUAAUGACACUUUUAAUACACACAGUUCAUCUAUCAUAGCAGACACAUUACAGUUAUCUUAUAAAUUGGCGUACAAAUGAAAUACACCCCGUUGGAGUACUGAUUUUAAUCGAAUUGGUAGCUUUUCGUUUUGCAAUUAUGUUAUUAUGUUGCUUCGAAAAAAAAAAAGAAUUGGCGAAAAUUCAAGAGUCAAA